CUUCUCCCCUUACUUCUUUCUUCUUCCCCGCCCAUCUCCAGGUCUUCGAUCCUGUUUUGCCCUGUUUUUGAUCGUGAUCUAUCUUAAUCCAUCUUAUCCUUCUUGAAUAUCUUCAUCAUCUCCCUCUGGAGCUGCCCUCCAUGGCGCCCCCCAAGUAUUGUGGUAUGUCGGGACGGCCGCUGUCCUUGACAGUGUCCACCAUCGCCACCAUGGGUUUCCUGCUAUUCGGUUAUGACCAGGGUGUCAUGUCUGGUAUCAUUUCCGAUCCCGCCUUCAAUGACAUGUUCACGGCCACCAGGGGCGACAGUGUCAUGCAGGCCACCGUCACCGCCGUGUAUGAAGUUGGUUGUCUGAUUGGUGCCAUCUUUGCCCUCAUCUUUGGUGAUUGGAUGGGCCGUCGCUGGAUGGUGAUCUGCGGUGCUACUGUCAUGAUCAUUGGUGUCAUCAUUCAGGUCACUGCCAUGCCCAGACACAUUCAGCUCCUUCAGUUCAUCUUCGGUCGAGUCAUCACCGGCAUUGGAAACGGAAUGAACACCUCCACCAUUCCGACGUACCAGGCCGAAUGUUCCAAGACCAGCAACCGUGGUUUGUUGAUUUGCAUUGAGGGUGGUAUCAUCGCCAUUGGUACGGCCAUCGCCUACUGGAUCGACUUUGGCGCCCACUACGGUCCUCAGGAUCUGGUGUGGCGAUUCCCGAUCGCAUUCCAGAUCUUCUUCGGUAUCAUCAUCAUCGUCGGCAUGUUCUAUCUCCCCGAGUCGCCCCGCUGGCUCAUCGCCAACGGCAAGCCCGACGAGGGUGAGCGUGUGCUGGCUGCCCUCAGUGGUUUCGAGGUCGACGACCACCGCACUCAGCUGCAGAAGAACCUCGUUAUCGACUCUGUCAGAGCUUCCGGUGCCGAAGAAUCCAAAUUCUCCGACCUGCUCACUGGCGGUCGCUCGCAGCACUUCCGCCGCAUGAUUGUUGGCUCCUCGUCGCAGGUCUUCCAGCAACUGUCUGGCUGCAACGCUGUCAUCUACUAUCUGCCCGUCUUGCUCGAAGACUCCCUGCACAAGUCGCACGAUUUCGCGCUUCUGAUUGGUGGUGUCAACAUGAUCUGUUACGCCAUUUUCGCCACAUUCUCCUGGUUCUUCAUUGAGAAGAUCGGUCGUCGCAAGCUGUUCCUCGGUGGCUCCAUCGGUCAAUGCGUCGCCAUGAUCAUCGUCUUCGCCUGUCUCAUUCCUGGUGACGCAGAGAGUGCCAAGGGUUCCAUCUUUGGCUUCUUCCUCUACAUGUGUGUCUUUGGUGCCACCUGGCUCCCUCUCCCCUGGCUCUAUCCCGCCGAACUGUCGCCCCUCAAGACCAGAGCCAAGGCCAACGCCAUCUCGACCUGCAACAACUGGCUGUUCAACUUUACUGUCGUCAUGAUCACCCCUGUGAUGGUUGACGGUAUUGGCUGGGGUACCUACCUGUUCUUUGCGGCCUGGAACGGAGUCUUCAUCCCCAUCAUCUGGUUCUUCUACCCCGAAACCACCGGUCGCAGCUUGGAAGAGAUCGACUUGAUCUUCGCCAAGGGGUAUGUCGAGAAGAUGAGCUACGUGCGUGCCUCCCACGAGCUGCCCCGUCUCACCGACGAGGAGAUCGAGGCCAAGGCGGUCGAGUACGGUAUCCUGGACGAGGUUCACCAGGACGAGAAGACCCAGGAGCACGCCGGCGAGCACGAAAACACCUCCCAGGAGGUAUAAACCGUCCUAUAGGAUGGAUGGAUUGUCAAUUGCUAUAUUAUACCCACUCAUAUUCACCGAUUGUGAUUGCUAUGAUGUUUUAUAUACCUGUGUGUUUAUGAUUGAUGUUAUUUCCUUGCUAGACAGAUCAGAUGUUAUGCUAGAUAGAUG